AAACUGAAUAGAGGUUAUGUUUACUGGUUAAUUUUGUCGAGUCAGAAUAGCUUCGUAACAAGAGUUUUAAGAAUUUCAGUAGUAAUACGAAAGUUAAUCAAGAUGUUGGUGACAUUAAAAACGUUGCAACAGCAAACAUUUCAAAUUGAAAUAAAUCCGGACGAAACCGUUAAAGCAUUGAAACUUAAAAUUGAAGUUGAAAAAGGCAAAGAUUAUGCGGCAGACAAUCAGAGACUUAUUUACGCAGGUAAAAUUCUACUUGAUGACGAUGAACUUAAGAAAUACAACAUAGAUGAGAAGAAAUUCAUUGUAAUUAUGGUAACAAAGCCCAAAACAGCCGAAGUCCCGCAAACAUCUACAUCCACUCCUGAAGCUGGUGAAAGUACGUCAACAGAGAGCGGAGAUGGUAAAAACAAAAAAGCAGAGGAAGCGCCGAAAACAUUGCCAGCGCCAGAACCGGAACGCGCUGUUGAACCAGUUGCUGUACCCAUUGAUCCUGAGUUUGAAUCUACUGUUCAAAGUAUUAUGGACAUGGGUUAUAAUCGACAACAGGUAGAACAAGCUCUCCGUGCCUCUUUUAAUAAUAGAGAAAGAGCAGUUGAAUACUUAAUAACAGGUAUACCUGAUGACAUACUGCAAGAACAAGAGGCAGAAGAAAGUGCAGAUGAUGAUCCUUUAAGUUUCCUUCGUGAUCAACCACAAUUUCAACAGAUGCGUGCAGUAAUUCAACAAAAUCCUAAUUUAUUAAACACUGUUUUGCAGCAAAUUGGACAAUCUAACCCUGCACUUUUGCAAGCUAUAAGUCAACACCAACAAGCUUUUGUGAGAAUGCUCAACGAACCCGUGAAUGCACCUUCUGGCGGUGCUGCUGUUGCAGCUCCAGAAGAAGUAGUUGUUCCCGAAAGUCAAUUGAAUCAGCAGCCACAAAAUGUCAUCCAUGUUUCACCCCAAGACAAAGAAGCUAUUGAAAGAUUAAAAGCAUUAGGUUUUCCUGAACAUAUGGUUAUUCAAGCUUAUUUUGCUUGUGAAAAGAACGAGAAUCUUGCAGCAAAUUUUCUUUUGUCACAAAACUUUGAUGAUUAACAACAUAAUUAAACUUAAUUUUUAAGACAUUGUUUACUUAUAUAAAUUUCAGAGCCUAAAUUGUUCUUAUCUUUUGCUUUGUAUAUUUGAUUGAUAUGAUUUAUGCACAGUUAUAAAAAAGAAGCCAUAAUUAUUAAAAUAUCAGCAAAUG